GCCGUAUAGUCCAGCCCCGCAAAAACCCGCCCACCCUCCCUCCCCUCUUCCCUUCGGUGCGUCUCGGUCCGCCCGCAGCAGUCUCCUUCCCCGGCGAGCUUUUCACUACAGAGAUGGCUGCGAAAGUGUGCAGAUCAGUCCUCCUGUUGUCCCGGAGCAGCCGAGCGGUGGCCGGCAGCCUCCCCGCACUUGUUGUCUCUUCAGAGCGACACCACCAGCACAUAAGACCGCAGGAGGUACUGUCUGCUUCUUUCUCCCGUCAGACUGUGAGGAGAGCACAUGGCCUCCGGUCAGCAGCCCACUCCACACUCUUCAGCCAGCCUCCCACUGCCCUGUCUCCACAGGUUUGGAGGGGCGCCCCCUCAUGGCACGGCCAGAGACUGUUGUGUACCUCCGCUGCUCCAGAGGAGGUGACGGUGGUGUAUCAGAACGGACUGCCGGUGAUCUCAGUCAGUUUGCCGUCCAGGCGAGAGCGCUGUCAGUUCACCCUCAAGCCUCUCAGCGACAGCGUGGGAGUCUUCCUGCAACAGCUCCAGGCAGAGGACCGAGGCAUCGACCGGGUUGCUAUCUACUCCACAAAUGGAGCGAGGGUUGCCUCCUCCACAGGCAUCGACAUCCUGCUGCUGGAGGAUUUCAAGCUCGUCAUCAACGACACCACGCACCUCGUGCAGCCGCCCAGGAGAGAGAUGCUGCCUCACGAGGAAGCAGAGAGGCUGAAUGAUGUCAAGUUUCUGGUGCAGCAGCUCUACACGACCCUGCGCAUCGACGAGCACCAACUCGCCAAAGAACGCGAGCUGAUUGCACGACUCGAGGACCUCAACACUCAACUCGAACCCCUGGAGAAGGUGAAGAAGGAGUUGAGUAGGAGGGCGGAGCGGCGCACCGCCACUCUAUUGUGGACCGGCAUGGCGUUCAUGGCCACCCAAUUUGGCGUCCUGGCCCGGCUCACCUGGUGGGAGUACUCCUGGGACAUCAUGGAGCCCGUCACCUACUUUAUCACUUACGGCUCAGCCAUGACCAUGUUCGCCUACUACGUGCUUACGCGCCAGGAGUAUGUUUACCCCGACGUUCAUGACAGGCAGUAUCUGCUCUUCCUCCACAAGUGGAUGAGAAGGACACGCUUCGACGUCGAGAAGUACAACAGUCUGAAGGAUGAAAUUGCAGAGGUGGAGUUGGCUCUGAAGCGUCUCCGGGACCCGCUCCUGCUCCACCUCCCAGUUAAGCGGCUCACCGACAGUAAACAGUGACCUCCUCCUCCUCCUCCACUCUCGGCUCCUACGACUCCCUCCUCCUCCCUCUCGACGCCCGACACCCUUCUUCUUCCUCUCCUUUCACCCCCAAGCAAUUUCCUCAAAUCCCUCCUUUCCUAAUCCCUCCUGCAACCCCAUAUUCCCAUCCCCCCUUUUUCUCGACUGUGGGAGUUAGUUUUUUUUUUCUUUCUUUUAUUUUUCCUUUUUUUUUCUUUUCCUGACUGAAAAACUCCAGUUGGAAUUGAAACGGCUUCAAAGACGACGCAGAACAAUGGUGAGGAUACUUAAAAAAGGAACUGUACAACUCUCACAGAUGGGAGGGUGAUGAACGGGACGAUGAUGAUGAUGAUGAUGAUGAUGGAAUCAAAGUGGGCUGUGUGGAUACUCCUCAUGUCUCCGGACGGAGGGGAUGGCAAACAGGAAUUAUCACUCGUCUUAGACACUCCAGAAUAGAGGACACACAGGGGGGGGGGGGGCGGUUACUGUUGAGUGUGUGUGUGAGGAACUUUUAAGGGGCAUGCUGGGACACCGACCCCGGGCCACUCAGCGGGUCGUCACACACAGCAAAGCCCUGCUUCCUCUUGCAGUCAAACUGUCCACACACACACACACACACCUGCUGUACUCUUGGUCGGGGCGGUGGGGGGAGGGGGGGGGCGGGGCUCUAUAUCAUUAUGCUAAAGUUUACAAGGAAGUCCUGACUGCAGUCGCACCCUCAGGAGGAACCUUCAUCUUCCUGUGGCUGGACUGUGCUUGCCUCCCUCAACCCUUAGGCCACGCCUCCUCCAGGUGACGGACAGCUGUCCCUCCCAGUGUGACCUUUUUGUCAGGAGCCUGUCCCGGACUCGCAGGAUGUAAGGCGAUGGGCGACGCCUCGUUUCCUCUUCCUGUUGAUGUCCCCCUCAGCGGCCUGCCCCGGUCUGUCUGCGCAAUUCUGAGAGUACUACCGACAACAACAUCACUGUGUGUUCUUUUAUUCCAAAAAAAUAUUUUGGCACUUUUUAUUUUGAAAGCCAUAGUAUAUUUGUUAUGAGAAGAAUAUAAAUAUAUAUAUAUAUGUAUACAAUCAAAUAAACAGAUGACCAGAGGCUAGUUUUUCUCUCAGUGGGGGGAGGAACUCUCUUAACAGACAUCCUCAUCCACAUCCUCUAAAAAUCGCCUUGAAUGAAGGACCCGUCUGACGCCAUCUUUUUCCACAACACUCAAGAGCUUCACAUUAAAACCAGUCAGCACCUUUCACUAACUUCCAUCGGUUUGCAUCGGUGACUGAUCGGGAAAAUCUGUGCAGACACAGAUACCGAUGUUUAAAAUGACAACUUCGCUGACCGCUGAUUCCUAUCCCGAUACUUCUUCAGAUUUUUUUUCACUUCUGGUUUUCAAAAUAAAUGCGGGAUUUGAAUUGUUUUUUUAAAUAGUUAUCUCAUCUUUAAAUGUCUCUGGACAAUGUCUGACAAACUGCAUGAUCUCUCAGAGACGUUUUAAGCACUGAGAACAUUUUCCUUCAUGUUUGACUUUGAAAAAAAAACAAGUCAGAGUUUGUCCAACAGGCAGGAUUAUAAAACACCUUCUCUGUAUCUGCAGGGAGGUGAGCUCGCUUUAAUUUCGGCUUCUGACAUCAGCUCUUGCAACGUUAUUGAAGUCUGUCAAACCAGGCGGAUAUCGACAUUUUUAGCGACCCGGCUGAAGCCACGUCUGGUUGAUUAAAGCUUUAAAUAGAAGUGAUUGCUCUCGGCUGAUCACAUGCUUUCUCUAAUGUCAGGAACCCAAACAUCUCUGCAGACAAAAUCGACUCAGACAAACGUACAGGCGUGUUAAAUGUCAAACAUACCGAAGGAGAGUCUGACUAAAUGUCUCGCCCCCUUUGACUUGCUCAUAUAAACUUAUUUUCUUUCCUGGGAGAAGUAAAACUAAUAAUUUCAUAAUUUGACUUCUAGCUUCUGCAGCAUGUGACAUCAUCGGAUUAUUUAAAAUAUAAUUCUCCCUCAUGAAUCUUAAACAUAACAACGUUUACAUCUAACAAAUGCAUCUUAGCGUCAUUCAUCAUCGUGAAAUAAAGCCUGAGAUUUCUCCCCCCACUUGCUGUAUUGCCCCCCCCCCUGCUCCCCUGAUGGCAGCGCAGGGUAGACUGCAUGCUGUGGUAUGCCCUCAGUAGAAAAAUCUGUGAAUGUGUAGGAGCAUUAAUGCCAUUAUUUAUUUUAUUUUUUUACUUAAUUGGACUUUUUUAGUUUGCCACAUCUUUCUGAAGUUUCAUCCCCCUGAUCGGGUAAAUCAAAGGUUAUAGAAGCCAUACGUUUCUGUUUUUUAUUUUGGGAUGGUCACUUAAAAAAAAAAGAAAAAGCUUUAUCAGCAGUUUUGUUUUGGUUCAGGGGGAGGAUUGGUGGGCCUCUCUCUGGUCACAUUUAUUAUUAACAUCCCUUAAAAAACAGGUCCCAACAUGACGUCCUCUAACAUAGUGUAGUUCAACAUCGUGUGUGUGUGCGUGUGUGCGCGUGUGUGUGUGUGUGUGUGUGUGUGUGUGUGUGUGUGUGUGUGGACAGCUGGCUGAAUCCUACAGAAGAGAUCCUUGUGUUGAAUUAAAAUGCAUGAUUUUUAGGUUGAAUCAAAGGUAAGCCAUGCAGAUCUCAAGCCGCAGGAUUGGGCCUUAUUCGUUUCCCUGUGUGUCGGUGUGUGUGUGUGUGCGUGUGUGCGUGUGUGCGUGUGUGCGUGUGUGUGUGUGUGUGUGUGUGUGUGUGUGUGUGUGUGUGUGUGUGUGUGUGUGUGUGUGUGUGUGUGUGUGUGUGUGUGUGUGUGUGUGUGUGUGUGUGUGUGUGUGUGUGUGUGUGUGUGUGUGUGUGUGUGUGUGUGUGUGUGUGUGUGUGUGUGUGUGUGUGUGUGUGUGUGUGUGCGUGCGUGCGUGCGUGCGUGCGUGCGUGCGUGCGUGCGUGCGUGCGUGCGUGCGUGCGUGCGUGCGUGCGUGCGUGCGUGCGUGCGUGCGUGCGUGCGUGCGUGCGUGCGUGUUCUAUCACCAAGGUAACUGGUGCCUUUUGCCUGACUGACGUUAAGGUGUGGUGAUUUCAUCAGCAGCAUGAUAAGAUCAUUGCAGAAGUUUUUCUCUAAAUUGGAUUGAAACCUUUCAUUCAGGAGGGUUUCAUUUUCAGUGGAAAUCUUGUGUGUGUGUGUGUGUGUGUGUGUGUAUGUGCACUUGGGGCAAAGUUCAGAUCACCAUAUUCAUGAAUUCCCUUGCCCCUAAUCACUGCCUUGUCAAUAGCGCAAAGAAAUCAAUUCCGCCCACAUCGCACUUCAUAGCAGUCAUCGUUUUUUCCUGAAUAAGCCGAUUUACACACACUGAGACACACACACACACACACACACACACACACACACACACACACACACACACACACACACACACAAAGUGACGACGGUGUUUCCUUGGAGAUGUACCGCCGUGGGAGGUGAGAGGCCUCAGUCUGCAGUCCAAUCCUCCCCUCUGCUGUUUCCACACCACACUUCUCUCCAUCAUCACCUUCCUCCUUUUUUUAUCACUCCACCAUCCACCGUUUACUGCCUUUUUGUUCUCUCUCUCUUUUUUUUUUUGUUCUCGUUGAUUUUCUUAAAAACAAAAAUAUAUCAAAUAUAGGGAAAACUUUAUUAUAAAGAGGGUGUUGCAUGAAUGUAUGUUUACAUGAGAAAUUAUGUGAAAAAUAAAAAAAAGAAGAUUUAUCCAAAAACAAAAAAGAAAAAAAAAAAGAAGAAAAACUGCAAAGAUAAUUUAAGAACGUUGUUUGUAGAGAUUCCUAGUUAUAACGGGGCAGCGGACAGGGCUGCGUCUUCAGAAUCCGCCCUGCCCAAUCUGACGUUUAAUCCCAGCCAACCAACUGCUCACACCUCAUCAAACCUCGCCCCCCCCCCAUCUUCACCUUAUUUGACCCAUGACCCCUCCCCCCCUCCUUCAGCUUGCCUUUACACCCCUUGUAACAAAAAACUCCAUCCUCGGUGCACCAAGCAGACCUCUUGACUUCAGUUCCUAUCGUCCUGGAUUUGUGUCCGCAGGAGAACUGUUAAGCUCAUCGGGGGGGAAGGGGGGGAACACCUCCCAUCGUUUGUCCCGCCUCUCCCCCGCCAUUUUCACCCCCGCGCUCCACCUUCGUUUCUCCCAAAAAAAAAAUCACCUUUUUCUUCUUUGUUUGGAACGUGUGUUCUGUUUUAUUUGUGUGCAUUUACAAUAAGGUUUGUUUAAAAAUGCCUAAAAGAGCGACGCAGAAUCUAGGAUUGAAAUGAUCUUGACCUCCAUUCUGACCUCUUCGUUUUACUGAGUUGAGAUUUUUCUUCUCGUCUGUUUUUCUUCUGUUGACAUACGAUGCUGUAAUGUUGGCAAAAAAGAAAAAUGUAAAAUCCUGUAUCAUUUAUGAAAUAUGUAUAAAAGAGAUAUGUAAUUCAAUUAUCAAUAAAAUCCUUAUCCAGUUUUUGGA